AUGCUUGACCUAAGAGAUAGAGACGAGAACGAGACUAAGAAAAUCAGAUAUUGGAGAGGAAAGAAGCAGUGCGAGAGCGAAGCCUGCUUGACCAACGGGAGAAGCCAACUCCGUUCCUCCAGCUUCGCUGAAGAAGCUAGGUUCCUCCUUGAUGUCGUAGGUUCAAAUCCUAUCUCCGCACUAAGUAAGGGUUUCAUUCUGCAUCACUCUCCCCGUCGUUCUCGACCUCGCAAGGUUUUUGAAGCGGCCGAAGCGGGAAGUGACAAUACCGCUUUUCUUCAGCACAUUUUGGAUGAUUUGAGCGAAAACGGAGUACAAAGUUCAGCCUUUAAGGAGGCUAUGAAUCAAAUAGGGCUGGUGGCGCAGUCCCCACUUGACCAAUUUGAGAUUGGAGGAGGAAACUUAGUCCCAAAUGCUUGGCAAUCCUUGGUAGAGCUUCUUUAUGAUUUCGUGCUGAACCUGGGUAUGAUACCUUAUAGCUUCACAGUGACAAGAGUCCCACUGCCAUUUAUAAUUGAACAAAAGCGAGGGAUGAGAGUAGUGUUAUUUAGAGCAGUUACACAGCCCCUCUCCUUGCAGUCGAGUGACUUCGCCCCUGAAUGUCUUAGAUAG